GUGAGCCUGAACUUUUGGAUCUGCAAUCGCUGCAAUGGCCACCGCGUUUGCCUGCUCCGAGACAAUGGCCGCGCGCACCUGCAGACCCACAUCAGCCCUCCAGCAGUUUGCAGGCAGGCCGAAGGUCCUCCUGGCUAGCAGGCCCCAGCUCAGAAGGCAGAAUGCUCGCCAAGUCACCCGCAUGGCGGGAGACGUGGACAAGGUUGCUGCCGUCUACGCUAACGCCUUGGUGGACCUAGCACAGGGCAAGAACGCCCUGGACACAGUACAUGCAGAUGUGGACUCCCUUCAGAGCGCGUUCAAGGAGACCCCGGACGUGAAGGACUUUCUGUUCAACCCGGUGGUUGCGGACAAGCGCAAGCGCGAGCUGCUGUCCAGCCUGGCAAACGACGCCGGCCUGAGCAAGCACACGCUCAACUUCCUCAACCUGCUCCUGGACCAGGACCGCCUGGUCGCCAUCCAGGAGAUCUUCGACCAGUUCGAGAUCCAGUACUGCAAGCUCACAGACACCCAGGUGGCGACGCUGAGGUCAGCGGUGAGGCUGGAGCAGGAGCAGCAAUUCCUGAUCGCCAAGAAGCUGCAGGAGCUGACUGGAUCCAAGAACAUCAAGCUCAAGCCCGUCAUCGAUGAGUCACUCAUCGCCGGCUUCAUUGUGGAGUACGGCAGCAGCCAGAUCGACCUGUCAGUGAAGGGCCAGCUCGACAAGAUCACCCUGGAGCUCACCAACGGCCCAGCGCUGGCCACUGCCUGAGUGUGCGCACACAUGCUCGCACAUGCCGGCAUGCAGCACGCGCAUGCUGACGCGCUGCUCUAGAUUGCGAAACCUGAGACGCGGUUUUCAGUAUGAGGCGACUGUCUGCGAAUUAAUCAGAGCAGCAGAGGCUUGGCAUGAGGGAUUGGGCAAGUCUUGUCAUGCAGCACUUGCCGGCUUGGUAAAUCUGAUGACUUUGUUAGAGACUUAAUGAACUUGAUCGAGCGUCGCCGUGGGUGAACGGCGGGUUUGCUUCAGAGAGGAGUGGAUGUGCAUUGUUGAGAAUGACUGAGAAGAGUAUUCAUUAGUUUUGUCUCGUUAGAGAUGUUUACUUGAUCGUCUCUGAGGGAGUCUAUAUGGACUGAGGAGGUUGAUGCAGAGAACAUGGAACAUUUGUCACCGUUGUAAAGAGCAUUCUGAUGU